GAUGUUUUAAAAGGAAAAGAAAGAACGAAAGCAUUCUUUUUAUAAACUCAAUAAGGCUAUCCCUCAUAACGGGUCCUAGUUCAGAUUUGUGACGGGUCCAUGGUUCCACACGAGUUGCUGCAAAGGAGGAAAAAAGGGGAAUAAAAACCAAAACAAAACAAAAAAGGAACAAGCAUAACGGUGAGGUCUUUGACUGGUGUGUGCCGUGCAUGCCCCAUAUUUGAAAAAGCGUCCCAGGCCGAGCAGGUUGUGCAAAACUAAGGCUCUACCAGAGAGAAGACAGCUUUCACUUGUGGAAUUUAAACAGUUCAGGUUGUGGGAAGAAUAAUGAUGGAAAAGUCAAAAGUUGCUGUCGACGAGAGUGCCAGUGUGGAUUACAGAAAUGACUCCAAUAGCAUCGUUAGUUUGCCACCAGCGUACGACAAGCCCGUGUCGACGACAUUGAAGGUGGCCCGCAUCCUCUCUGUGACACUGCUGGCAGUGACCACCAUCAUUGGCAUCAUGGUGCUGCUCGGGAUUUACAUACACCAAGGAUACCAAUGCCAGUGCGACAGAGAAGUAGUAUCUGCUAGUCAACUGCAGCCUGUUUCUGCCGCCAGAAUCGACAGGAUGGAUCACGAGCCCACCUACACUACUGACGAUAAAGAACCACAAGCUAAAGGCAAAGGUGGCAUGUCCGUUCCACUCAAGCUAGAACUCGAUGCUGCUCUUGGGACUGUUCUGAAGGAUCCAAAGAACAAAAAGGCUGAAGUCAACUGCGUGGCAGAAACUAGAAAAGCUAGUCAAGUUAUUCAUCAGGAUCCCAAAAUGCUGAUGACUCCUUUCGGCAACUUCAGCACUGACCCGAAACUCGUCCAAUUGAUGGGAGAGAGAGUUGUACUCUCAUGCAUAUCCGCAGUCAAGCCGCCCAAGAAGUCAUCCAAGUCCAAAAAGGCAGCCGUCAAGGUAGAUGCUGCUGGACUUCUACCUCGUCCAAGAAGAUCAACCAAAGAAAUGUGCUCCUGCAACUGUGACUGCUGAAGAAUCAUCACCCAUUUGAGAAAGAACAGAUGAGUUUAGCUGUUGCAUUGAAGUUCCAAACUCAUUUCAAAUCGAAAGACUGCAUACGAGUUGUUGAAUAUCAAAAAUUCUUUUGUAAACGAACAUAAGUUGUUUCUCAAGUGAUAAUAUUUUAUUAUAUUUUAUUUGAUGGGUGUAAAAGAUUUUUUAUAGUAUUUUAUUUACUGUCAAAAUUUUAUUUCAAUGAUUAUUGAAAAAAAAUUGCCAUUGCUUAUAACUAUAACUUAAUAAGAAACUUACAUUGAACUUUAAAACAUCAAAAAAAAUUGAUGUAGUUUUAAAGGGGGGAAAUAUGCAAUUAAUUUUAAUAAUUUCUAAUUUUAUUUUUUAACUGUAACCUUGACUGAUAUCGAAAUUAAUCACUGAAAAAUAUUAUAUUUCGAUGUAUAUUUUUCUUUUUUGUAUAUGAAGAUCUCCAUUUCAAUUUUUAUAUUCUUUUUAGAUUAUUCUACUUAGAUUAUUGUCAUUUGAAAUAUAUUUUUUACAAACAUUAUGCAUUCCAAGUGCAAUAGCAAUUCAUGUUUCAUAUGAUAACUUUUUCAUGCACAAUUUUAUGUUUUUUUUACAUAAUCACUUAAAAAAGUGUUUACUAUAGUAACCUUUAUACUAUCUUCAUGCUAAUUGGAAUGUAUAUCUAUAUAACUCUUAAUUAGUGAUGGAAAUGUAUCACACUUAUCAAUCGAACAAAAUAUUCGAUACAUAUUAUGAAUAAAUUUUCUUUUUUCUUUA